CCACCAGAAGAGAUCAAAGACAUGGCAGAAAAGAAAUUCCAGGACCCAUUCGAAAUCAUGUGGCAAAUGCUGAAGGAACGUCUGCAGAGAAGACAAGAAAUGAACGGAGAGCCUGUGCAGAAAGAAGCAUUUCCCGGAGGAAGCAGUGGUUGCAUGCCAGCCUCAGCUCCAGGAAGGGAGGCCAUGCCAGGCACAGGCACAGGAGAUGAGGCUGGGAAGGCUUCUCCAUCAGCUUGGAUGAAUAAAGUUUUGAAGCCCUUGGAGCCUCCUGCAGAUGUGUCUACAGGGAGGACUUCUCCAGCUUCUCCAGCUCCUACCUUGGAUGCUAUACGCAAGCCCAGCUCCCAUCACAGUGGUACUCCAACAGGGAAAGUCCAAGAUACAACAGAUACGAUGUCCCUGCAACCAUCCAAACAGAUGAGGCAAGAGCUGAAGGAACCCCUGCAGACAAGAGAAGAGAUGGACAUAGUGCUUCAGUGGAAGGUGGCAUUUCUUAAAGGAAGCACUCCAUCUUCGGUGCCAGCCCCUGCUGCCGGAAAGAAGGCAAAGCCAGACACGGGCACAGGCACAGCAGACUGGGAGGCUGGGAAGGAUUCCCCAUUAGCCUGGCGCUCUGAAGUUGUGAAGCCCUCUGAGCAUUCUGCAGGCGUGUCUGCAGGGACGACCUCACCAACUCCUACCUUGGAUGCUGCACAAAAGGCCAGCUCCCAUGGCAGGGGUGAGUAGUGUGUCCCUGCUGACCCCUCAGGCUGAGCCCUGCUUUUGUGGGGUCCAUUCCUGGGAAAUGGAACUACUUUCUCUUAAGGUCCUACGACAGGAGAGACCAAAGACAUGGCAGGCAAGAAAUUCCAGGACCCAUUAGAAAUCAUGUGGCAAAUGCUGAAGGAAUGUCUGCAGAGAAGGCAAGAAAUGAAAGGAGAGCCUGUGCAGAAGGAUGCAUUUCCCGGAGGAAGCAGUGGUUCCGUGCCAGCCUCGGCUCCAGGAAGGGAGGCCAUGCCAGGCACAGGCACAGGAG